AUGUCGAUCUACAAACAUGUGUUCAACGAUACCUGCCUUAGUUCCAUCCAUGAAUUUAAGUCAUUUCACUUCGAGCAAAAAUAUAGUUAUUAUGUGACAUGUUCCGCUCUAAGAGACACCAGGAAGCCCGGACACAGAAAACGGGAAACGCGUCAACAGCAGGAAGCCCUGACACAGAAAACAGGAAACGCCCCAACAGCGAGUAAAGCUCAGACACAGAAAACGGGAACGCGGCCGUCAACAGCAGGAAGCCGGACACAGACAAACGGGAAAACGCGUCCAAACAGCAGGAAAACCCGGACACAGAAAACGGGAAACGCGAUCGAACAGCAGAAGCACCGGACACAGAAAACGGGAAACGCGUCAACAGCAGGAAGCCCGGACACAGAAACGGGGAAACGCGUCAACAGCAGAAACCGGACACAGAAAAAGCGGAAAACGCCCCAAGAGGAACAGCAGAAAAAGCGACAUAACGAAAGAAAACGGGAAACGAAAGCACCCCCCACAAGAACCUUACACAGAAAACGGGAAAACGAGAGAAACAGAAAACGAAACGCCCAACAGCAAGAACACCCGGCACACGAAAACGAAAACGGGAGUAGUGGAUGGAAAGGGAACAUCCAGGCCAAUGGACACCCUAAUGCACGGCUGGUAAGGCCCUGGGAUGCCCCAAAGGAUGCUUCCGGUCAGGUGCGUCUUGAGAGCAGAGGGCCGCCCCCCCAAGACCUGGGUCCCGACGAGGGCUCCGGCGCUGACGACAACCCCUGGGUGAGGCUCAACUCUCAAUUAUAUCCUACGAACUCCCGAGACCUGACCUCCGUCAGCUCGUCCAUGGUGAGAGCAUCGUUCACGGAGUCCUACGCAGCCGCCGCCGCUGCCGCUGCCGGAGUCCUGCCGUCGACUGCUUCUGCCGCCGCCGCCGCCGCAGCCGCCGCAGCCGCGUAUCUUCACCCACAUCCGUACCUGCACAAGCCUGAGGCGCAUUUCCUGUUUCCCGGCGCAGGUCUGGGGUUCGGCAGCCUCUUCGGCGGGAGCGAGGGCGCCCUGAAGGCAUGUCGGCGACGGAAAGCGCGCACCGUGUUCAGCGACCACCAGCUCGGAGGCCUCGAGAAGAGAUUCGCGGCCCAGCGCUAUCUGUCGACGCCCGAGCGCGUCGAGCUGGCCACGGCGCUUAACCUCUCGGAGACGCAGGUGAAGACGUGGUUCCAGAACCGUCGGAUGAAGCACAAGAAGCAACUCCGCAAGCACAACGACGACAAGACGCCCGCCAGCAGCAACAGCAGCAACGACGGCGAGGGACAGCAACAGCCGCCGCACCUCCAGCAGCAGCAGAAUCACCAGCUGGGCCCGGUGUCUCCGCUGAACAGUGGUGAGGCGCGCUAUCUUUUUUCUUCAAAAGAUCAUUGGAAAUGUUGAAAUCUGAGCGUCGUUGCGGUUUCUAACUUGCAUUUACUUUUUUUUUCUUUUUUCUUUUUAUCAUUAAUAACCUCGCGUCUCCCUUCCAGCGGCGUCCCCCUGCACCACAGCGGCCCGAGAAAGCGACAUGUCACACUCCGAUUUCGAGGACGAGAUCGACAUUGUGGGCGUCCCCGCCGAUCUCCGCCACGCCCACUCGUCGCAGACACACCAUCCGCAAACCGCCCACUAGAGAACGAGAAGACCACGCCCUCACGCACGCAAGAUCCUCCAGCUGGACUUUUGC